GAGAGAGAAAGAGCAAUGGGUUCUCCUCAGUUUCCUUGUUUCACUUCAAUGGCAGCUUUGCUGUUUAGUUUUUUCAUUGCAGCGUCGUGGAUGCCGGAGUUUGCUGCAGGCAAAACAAGGCACUACACUUUCAAUAUUAAGUACCACAAUGUGACAAGAUUGUGCAACACAAGGAGCAUUCUAAGUGUGAAUGGAAAGUUCCCAGGGCCCAGAUUGGUGGCAAGGGAAGGUGACCAAGUUCUCAUCAAAGUGGUCAACCAUGUUUCCAACAAUAUCACAAUUCACUGGCAUGGGAUUAGGCAACUUCAAACUGGAUGGGCAGAUGGUCCAGCUUACAUUACACAAUGUCCUAUACAGACAGGUCAGGCAUACACAUACAACUUCACCAUCACAGGCCAGAGAGGAACUCUGUUAUGGCAUGCUCACAUCUCAUGGCUGAGAUCUACCCUUCACGGACCGAUCAUCAUUCUCCCGAAGCGCAAUGAGUCUUACCCUUUUGUGAAACCCUACAAGGAGGUCCCCAUUAUUCUUGGAGAGUGGUUUAAUGUGGACCCUGAGGCUGUGAUUAGCCAGGCACUUCAGACAGGAGCGGGGCCUAAUGUUUCAGAUGCAUACACCAUUAAUGGUCUUCCAGGCCCUUUGUACAACUGUUCGUCUCGAGAUGUAUUCAAGCUAAAGGUGGAACCAGGGAAGACAUACCUCCUCAGAUUAAUCAAUGCUGCACUCAACGAUGAGCUAUUCUUCAGCAUAGCCAACCACUCUCUAACAGUGGUUGAAGCUGAUGCUGUCUACACCAAACCUUUUGAAACCGACAUACUUCUCAUCGCCCCAGGCCAAACCACAAACAUCCUCCUCAAAACCAAGCCCACUUCUCCCAAUGCCACCUUCCUCAUCCUCGCACGGCCUUACUUCACCGGUGGAGGCACCCUAGACAACACCACCACCGCUGGAAUCCUCGAAUACAAGCACCCAAACACCACUCAUCACACUUCCAUCAAGGCCCUUCCCCUCUUCAGACCAAGUCUUCCACCCAUCAAUGCCACCAAGUUUGUCAACGUCACCCAAUUUGUCGAUAACUUAGCCAAAAAAUUCCGUAGCUUGGCCACUAAGCAAUUCCCAGCCAACGUCCCGCAAACUGUGGACAGAAGAUUUUUCUUCACUUUAGGACUUGGAACAUCCCCAUGUCCCCAAAACUCAACAUGCCAAGGACCCAAUGGCCUGAAAUUUGCAGCCUCCAUCAACAAUUUCUCUUUUGCUCUGCCAUCAACAGCAAUGCUUCAAGCACAUUUUUCUGGACAGUCCAGUGGAGUUUACACCACAGAUUUUCCCACCAAGCCACUUGUGGCAUUUAAUUAUACAGGAACACCACCAAAUAUCACUAAUGUGAGCAAUGCCACAAGGGCUGUGGUGUUGCCUUUCAACACAAGUGUGGAGCUGGUGCUUCAGGGCACUAGCAUUCUGGGUGCUGAGAGUCACCCUCUCCAUCUACAUGGGUAUAAUUUCUUUAUUGUUGGACGUGGGUUUGGUAACUAUGAUCCAACUAAGGACCCUGCUAAUUUUAAUCUGGUGGAUCCUGCUGAGAGGAACACUGCUGGUGUUCCAGCUGGCGGUUGGAUUGCGAUUCGUUUCUUCGCAGACAAUCCAGGGGUGUGGUUUAUGCACUGUCACUUGGACGUUCACACAAGCUGGGGGCUAAGGAUGGCGUGGAUCGUUCAGGAUGGGCCGCAACCGAAUCAGAAGUUACCACCACCGCCGUCCGAUCUUCCGAAGUGUUGAGUUUGACUGACCAUGUGUCCGGAUUUCCCUCUUCUUCUUUUUUUCCCUCAUGUUGAGUGAUCUUGUAUUGAAUUUUCCUCUUUUAAUGCCUUUAACUUAUAACUACGUAUGAUGAUUAAUGAUCAUAUUCUUUUCCUACAUCCAUGAUCGAGUCAUCAAAAUAAUAUCCGCGGAUUUUCUCUUUCUCUGUUAAUAUAUCUCAUGGUGUAAUAUUCAAUAUUUAAUGACAUUUUUUUUC